AUGGCUUUGAGGGUUCUUUCGCAUUUUUAUGAUCCAACAUAUCAUUGUUUCACUUUUCUCGAUUAUCAAUUGGCCCCGAAUCUCGAGGAAUUCGCUUACAUUAUGAGGAUUCCAAUCCGUGAUAAGAUACCUUUUAUUGGAGGAGAGGAGAUACCAAAAUCCCACAUUAUUGGGGCAUCCCUACACGUUCCAAAGGUCGAGGUAGAAAAUGGUCUCAUCAUCAAAGGAGGAAUUUUCGGUUUCCCCAUCAAGUAUUUGGUGGAAAGAGCUUCAUAUUAUGCCCACAUGGGGAGUAAUGAUGUGUUUGAAGCAAUCUUGGCCUUAAUAAUUUAUGGGAUUCUACUCUUCCCAAGCUUCAAAGACUUUGUCGAUAUGGAUGAUAUUCGGGUUUUCAUGACUUGUAAUCCGAUUCCUACUCUUCUAGGAGAUAUCUAUUACUCCAUCCAUUUUAGGACCGAGAAGAAGGGUGGAUGGGUAUGUUGUUGUUCACCUAUAAUGUACAAGUGGCUUAUUUCGCACUUGCGGCAGUCCACUCUAUACAACAUGGACAAUCUCAUGUGGUUAAAAAGGCUUAUGGGUCUUACUACUUGGGAAAUAGUAUGGUACAAUGCAACCUAUGAUAUUGGGAAGAAUCUUGGCUAUUCCAUGGAUGAUAAGCAUAAGCCUCUUUUGGUUACUCUUGUUAUCAUCCAAGAAGGUGAGGAGAAUGUGAAUCUUAGAAGGGAUGUUGUGAAGGCUUGGUCUCAUAUUUUUCGCAAGAAAAAGUCUGAGUUAGGUCCUCAAAAUUGUGUGGCAAAAGAGGCUUAUACUACUUGA